UUUUCUGUUACAUCCAAUGAACUGCUUUCCUGCGAGGAAGCCCAAGUGAAUUCAUUGUUCAACCCCUUGUUUGCGGUCUUCACGCAAGAUGCCGUUGGAUUAUGUGUGAUCGUUGGUUGCUGAUCAUCUGCUUUGCUGUAAAGUCUUUGUAAGAUUCUUAUCUUUGGCCAUAUGUCUGCCCUAGCAUUUUCUAUGAAUCGAUAUAAAUAUCUUUGGAUGCCAGGGUUGAGAGUGGGGAUACCAUGCUUCAGGAGAACGACACCGAAAUGAAUCGUUUCUUUUACGGAAGCUAUAUCAUCACAUAGUCAUAAUAUGACAAUCUUGAAUAAACUAGAAUAGAAUGAGCAACGAUCAGUAGAGAUAGAAGACGAUACCUUCGAUGAAUGUCACGACUGUUUGUGUGGAUUAUGUGCGAUUUAUUGUACUUACGUUAAUCGUAUACCUUGUAUCCUUUUUCUUAUUUCCCAAGCGGGAAAAUCGUAAUGACUGCUCAAAAAAAUAACUGUUUUUUUUCUUUUUUUGAAAAUCGUGUUGAAUGCUGUGGGUUUCGGCACGGAGUUCCAGAUGGCAUGUCAGAACUUUACCGGUCACCGCGAGCCAAAGAUGCCACAGCUCCUCCUAGUCAAACUGACCAUGGCAAAGGUAAUAUGCCAAUUGGACAUUGCCAUGCUGAAGUUUUCAGAUCAAUUGACAUAUAGUCCACAUUCGGACUUCGCUCGCUCUCCCCAGGUCUGUCCCUGCCAAGAUGGAACCGCGGCGUGUCACAACGGAGUUUAAACCGAUUGGGCAACGCUAACCCCGGAUCCAGCGACCAAGUGCCGUCAUGACGACACAUAAAUUAGCAAAAAGCUUCAUCAAUUCACAAAUGCCAAUAAUUUGGUCAUUGAAAAAUCUGAAGCUUGGUACUCCCUCGUCAUGCUUUCGCAGUUCUUGGGGGAUCUUCUCUCUCCCUCUCUCUACACUAACAGCACCAGGGCCCGACAAAACCAACCAUGCCCGCUCAAUCGUAUGCCGUCGGGGCUCCUUCAACAAUGGAUAUGCAAAAACGUCUGAAGCAUUUCACGUGGUCCUGGUUCGAAUGUACAAUGUCCACCGGGGCCUUGGCCACGCUCCUUGGCCAGCAACCAUUCAGCUUCACCGGAUUGAAGACCAUCGGGAAGGUCUUCUUCAUACUCGACCUUGUUCUUUUCAUCACCUUCAGCUGUUUGAUAACAUACCGUUUCGUCCGUUACCGAGGAUCCUUCACCAAGAGCUUCCACCACCCUCAUGAAAGCUUCUAUUUUGGCACAUUCUGGGUCAGCAUAGCAUUGAUACUGUAUUGCAUUCAAUUGUACGGCGUGCCGAGUACCGGGCCUUGGCUAGUCAAGACAUUGGAGGUGUGUUUCUGGGGAUAUGCCGCGCUGGUUAUGCUAGUUGCAGUAUUCCAGUACCAUGUCAUCUUCGACCUGGAGAACCUGCCCGUCAUUGAAGCAAUGCCCGCAUGGAUUCUUCCCGUAUACCCGUUUCUGGUUCUGGGCCCGCUCGCUGCGGUGUUGGAAUACAACCAACCACAAGCCAGCGCAUUGCCAAUAAUGAUAGGAGGCUUGUGUUUCCAAGGACUAGGCUGGAGCGUGGCGUUUAUUAUGUUGACUAUAUAUGUCACAAGGCUUAUCAACAGCGAGCUUCCCGGCACUUCAAAACGCCCAGGAAUGUUUGUCGCAGUAGGGCCAGCAGCAUACACAUCCAACACACUUGUCGCUCUUGGGAACCAGGCACCCAAGGUCUUACCCGAAGGAUUCUUGGGCAUCUCUUCAUUCUCGACCGGAGAGGUCUGGAAAGCCAUUGGUGUUCCCGCCGGCAUCUUCGUCUGGCUUCUCUCCUUCUGGUUUUGCGCUUUAUCGACAGUCUCCGUGUUAUGGGUAGCUAAAGACAUGCAGUUUAGUAUGAACUGGUGGGCGUUCAUCUUCCCGAAUGUGGGGCUCACCAUAGCGCUCAUUCAAAUCGGCAAUGUGUUGGACAGCGAAGGAAUAAAGGCUGUGUGCUCAGCAAUGACAGUUGUACUGUUUGUGCUGUGGUUUUUCGUGGCGGGCAUGAAUGUACGAGCCGUUGUCAGAAACGAGAUUCUGUGGCCUGGCAAAGACGAAGAUAUGGAAGAUGUUGAAGGGCACGGAUACGAGGAAGAGGAGAGCGAGUAGAGAUCGAACUGAAAUUGGUUUAGGGAGAAACUGGAUCUAAGAUCAAGAUCUUGACUCGACGGUUGUAUGGUCACUCUCUUCGGCAUGUUGUUGGCACAUCAGGCAACAGCAUUGCACUCCCUACCAUUGCAUAUUACAGUCAAUGUGCACAUCGCUAUCUCAUCAUCCUCCACACCAGAUCCCAGGGACUACAGAAAGGUGUCUCGACGUCCUGGAUACUUUCUUCCCGCACUACACACCAGAAAAACAUUGAUCGAUAUCGAUAGCUGCACCCAAAACCGUAGCACAUGGCGAUUUCGCAAUAAAAACAACUGCACAUAAGAAUCUACUACGAUGGCUUUCCUGAAUAUCUUCGAAUUCGAACUUGUAAUAUCAUU